AUGGCCGCCACUAAAGAAUCUUCAUCGCGCUGGGCGCUACUGAUUGGAAUCAACUAUUACCCCGAGGAUCGACAUCUUCAUGGCAGUGUCGACGACGUUAGCGACAUCAGGGCCUAUCUGGAACAGCACAGCGCUACGGCAAUUCAUAAAUCCGUGCUCACAGCCACUGUCCCAAAGUAUCAUCAAUCCACUAAAGAUCCACCAGAGACACCCGAUGAGAGGCCAACCAGGGCAAACGUUCUGAAGCAGCUUCGCUUAAUCAUUGAUUCUGCGAAACCGGGCGAUCAUGUGUAUAUACACUUCUCUGGGCAUGGUACUCAAUUACCAUCCGACGGCAACAUUGGCGAAACUGGCUUCGGCGAGUUGGGCCUUGUUCUUUACGAGAAUGGUGAGCAUGGUGCUAGCUACUUUCGUGGGCGCUUCUUAGCACAGGCUCUCAAACGAAUGGUCGACAAAGGUCUCAUUGUCACAGUCGCGAUGGACUGCUGUUUCUCGGGGGCUGUGACUCGAGGAGAUCGGAUCCGGGCUGUGAAAUACGACCUGUCGCUUGAUGUCGACAGAGCUGAACAGGAGCGAGAAUGCAAAGAAGCCCUAGGCAUUCCUGGGCGUGAUGCAAGAAUUGAUAGAGAUUGGCUUGUCAAUCCCGAAGGUUACACGAUUAUCACGGCCUGUGGUCCACACGAAAAGGCCAUGGAAGUCCUUGUCAACAAGACCCAGAAACGGGGCGCACUCACCCAUCAUCUUCUCAAGGCCCUUACGACCUUGGCAAAGGUGAACGAGGAUGUAUCACAUCAAUCGCUCCAUGAAACAGUUGUUUCUAUGAUGCAGGCGUCAGGCCGUAUCCAGACACCAAUGCGCUACGGCAGUACUCACCUCUCCUUUUUUGGCACACUUCUAGGUCCGGUCUCACUUACUGCUUGGCCAAAUUUCAUCAAGGCGGGUCAAGUCCAUGGAAUCUCAAUCGGAGAUGAAUCCACUGUUCAGAACAGGGUUUUGGCUACCUCGAGUCGAAAUUAUCGUUCAAGAGUCAAAUUCAGAGUUUCCGAUGUUUGGUCUUUCGAGUCUGCGUUAACAGCUGCUCAAGACAGAACGACAUCAUCGCCAGCCUUCCAGUUUAGCAUGAAGGACAUAGGUAACUUGAAUGCAACACAGCUGUCGACUGUUUCUUCUCAGCGCAUUAAGGUAUGGAUUCCGGCAGAGUCGCUACAAAACUCGACGCUGGAAUACAGGCCGGAAGUGUUACAAUUUUCUGAGACGAUCACAGGCAAAGAUGAAAAGGCUCUUUGGAACCAUCUGGGUGAUAAGUAUCUGAGAACAGACGACGUUGCCGACAUUGAUGAAGCUAUUGACUGCGCCAGAAAGUCGUUGGAUCUGGAACCCGAGAAGCUAGCACGACUCUACAACCUGGCAAUCAAAUUGGGAGAUCGCUUCUCGAGCACUGAAGACCUGGACGAUGUCAAUGAGGCUAUUGAACCCAGAGGAAGGCCCUACAAAUAA